UAUCGUUUUUAGAUAAUUUCUUCAAUAAGAAAUUAAACUGCAGUUUCGUUUUUAAUGCGCUAUUUGAAAAUGCGAUUGAAGCUGUAGGAUACGUUUAUUUGUUUAGAUCGACCCCUUUAAAAUGUAACAAACUAAAUUGUCGGGUUAUUAAAUAAAACAAACAUUUGUAGAAAAGUAGCCGAACACGUGGGGUUGCGAGAGAAACGGAUUCAGGAUGGUUACCAGGAAAUCUUUAUAAACUGUUUAUAUCCGCCAUACAUCUUGGGAAACACUGAGUCAGACGUACAUUUCUUACAGGAUCUGCCAAGGAGCUUCACUCAACGAGUUUUGACAUCCACAGAUACAGUCAUGUCUCCGGAAGGGAAAAGACUCCUCAAUAUUAUAAUCUUAGGGUUUGCUUUUAUGUUUAUGUUUACAGCUUUCCAGACCUGCGGCAAUGUGGAACAAACCGUGAUUAAGAGUUUCAACAGCUCCAAAUUCCAUGGGAGCGGGUAUACUAGUAUGUCCGUUAUUUAUGGGGUUUUCUCAGCGUCUAACCUCAUCGCCCCGUCUGUAGUCGCUGUAAUUGGCCCCCAAAUAUCAAUGUUUAUCUGCGGUUUGUUUUACAGUGCCUAUAUUGCUGUGUUUAUAUAUCCGUUAACCUGGUCCUUCUACACGGCUUCAGUGUUGGUUGGGAUAGCAGCUGCAGUGCUCUGGACUGCACAGGGAAACGUCUUGACUAUCAACUCCACAGACACUACCAUCGGGAGGAACAGUGGGAUAUUCUGGGCCCUCCUGCAGUUCAGCCUGUUCUUUGGGAACCUCUAUAUAUAUUUUGCUUGGCACGGCAAAGCCCACAUUUCAGAAUGGGACACCAGGAGAGUCUUCAUCUCCCUGACAGUCAUCAGUCUUGUGGGCAGCUUCCUGUUCUUCCUCAUACGGCGGCCAGAGCCGGAGAGCGUUGCCCCUGAGGGGACUGAGGCCCUGCUGCAGGCUGACCUGGGGGACAGCAGCAGUGGCAGCACCACCCCGUUAGCACAAGGAAGGAGUGCGCAAGCCCUAGAUGCAUUUAAGAAAGCUGUCCAGCUGUCUGGCACAAAGGAGAUGCUGCUGCUGAGCAUCUCCAUUGCAUACACAGGUCUGGAGCUCACCUUCUACAGUGGGGUGUACGGGACCUGCAUUGGGGCCAUGAACCAGUUUGGAGACGAUGCCAAGAGUCUCAUCGGACUCUCAGGCAUUUUCAUUGGCAUGGGAGAGAUCCUGGGAGGGGGUGUGUUUGGCAUACUGAACACGCGCAGUCGUUUUGGGAGGAACCCUGUGGUGCUGCUGGGGCUGCUGACUCACUUCGUGGCAUUCUUCCUCAUCUUCCUGAACAUCGCGGCUGACGCGCCCAUCGCCCCCGAGCAGGGCACCGACCUGCAGGCCUUCAUGAUCCCCAGUGUGCAGGUGGCGCUCCUGUGCAGCUUCCUGUUGGGUCUGGGUGACAGCUGCUUCAACACCCAGCUCCUCAGCAUCGUGGGCUUCAUGUUCCCUCAGGACAGCGCGCCUGCCUUCGCCGUAUUCAAGUUCAUACAGUCCAUCAGUGCAGCAGUCUCCUUCUUCUACAGUAACUACCUCCUGCUGCACUGGCAGCUGCUGAUCAUGGUGCUGACAGGGUUCCUGGGGACGCUCACCUUCUUCACAGCGGAGCGGGUGGUCACGGCCAAACGUCACGACUCUGAUUACGACAGCAUCUGAGCAGGCGUGGGGGCAAGCCAGUGAGCCACCACACGGCAGAGUCCUGGCGCGUUUCCCUGCCUCCAAACCCUCCCUCGUUUCCCGAUUCUUCACGAAUGCUGGUAAUUCUCAGUUAGUUGCACUGUACUGUUUAAGGACCCUAAUUCACCGCCCACAACAGUCCCUGUUCCCAAACUCAAAUCUGUUGGAUAUCCCUCCAACCUUUCUACACGGUUGUGGACGUCUUUACAAAUAUCUAGAAUGGUUUCUUGAAAACUUGGUUUGAGUCAUAAAAAUAGACAGAUGAAAAUGUUCUUUUAAAUAAUGAGGGAGCACUUUAUUUAGGUUCCACAACCACAUCGUACGCUGUUUGAAUCCAGUUCAUCAUAAACACAAACACUUUUGUCAGGCACAUGGGAAGCAUGCAUAUUGCUAAACAGCGGACAGAGAAAUCCAAACACAGCUUCUCUUAGGCUCAUGUACCUUUAUAAACGUUUGCUAUAGAAAAAUCACAGCAUAGUUAAAGCAUAGAAUUAAACUGGAGUAAACUAUGGAAAAUGCAUAGCAUAAUGAUGGGGCAAAGUGACUGCACAUUUACUGUGGUAAACUUUUUUAUAAGGGGGCACGAAUUAAGGAUGGGCAAUGGUUUCAGAACAUUUUCAUGUCUUCUAUUACUGUGUCAGAGUUGUUAUCUGGAUAAUUCUCUGGCAGUAUUUUAUUUUUUAUUUUGAUGUUUUAUUUGACCUAAUAAAGCGAUGCUGUUUGUUUGGAUUAACUUUUCAAGCAUUUAAAAUGAAAUAAUGUGAAGUAUGUCCUACAUCUAAUUCAGUAACAACUUCCAUAACUUUUCAAUGACGUUUUCUUUGAGCAAUGCACUGUGAAAGGUUUUGGAGUUUGAUUUUUCUAAAGAAAUUAAACAGAACAAAAAUGACGUUUAAUUAGCAGUACUAAUUGUGUGUACAAAUAGCAGGAGGAGCGCCUUUUCAAGUAAUACGUUCAAUAAAAAUGUGAUUUGAUUACUCUUUAGUCUGAUGAAUUAUUGCAGCACUAAGUUUAAGCUGAUUUCAGUGUAAUAUUUUUGGAGUAUGAUCAUAUUUUGAAGUGAAGACCCAAUCUCCUUGCCAUCCUUUCUUUACAUAUUACAUUAAAAACCCCAAACCCUGCCUAGUUUGUUUUGGGAUUCAUCGGCGCCACACUGAAAGUUUAAGAAUUCAGAAGCGAUUUAUAGGCUUUCACUAUUACAGGUUUGGUAGUUCUCCAAGGGACCAAAACAAUUACACACUUAUUACAAAACUACUGUGUUGUAACCAAGGUUUUAAAACCAAUUUCCUUACCUUUAAUUAACUUCAGUACCAUUUUCACUGCACCCUCAUCAUUGUGGAGCUGAACUUUGAAAUACUAUCAAUACUAUAGAGCAGCCCUCGUCUCCAUGUUAGUCUGCAUCUAUUGCAGUCCCCCAUGAAGAUACUAUGUUAUGGUACAUACUGGCUGAUACAAAAGGCUAAGGAAACUGUUUUGGAGAGACCCUUUUUACACAGUUAUUCAAGAUCUUACGGUUCUGCUGAAAACAUUGGAAAUUAAGUUGAACUACACAAUGAUCUGAGAGCAGUGACACUAAUUAAAGGUAUGGAAAAUAUUUUUAAAACUGGGAGCUUGAAAUUGUUGCUUUUUUUUUUUUUUUUCUUUGGGAUCAUCUCAUUAGUUUUUUAUUUUCAUUAAAAAUGUUUUGUCACAUGUAGGACUUUUUCAAUACUAAUAAGGAUGUUUAUUAUGCAUCCAAGCUGCUAUUGGAUUGAGACCAGGGCUGCAGCCCCUACAAGAUGGUCAGACAAGUGUACUUCACAUAGGGGUAGCCAGGGGGCACUGUAAGACACAGUCGUUAUAUACUUAGUUAGGAGGGAGGUGAAUUUGUUGACAUGCUUUUAUUCUGAACUUAGGAAAGAGCGAGUCCCCUGCCAAUUAGAAUUCUGAAAGACUGCUCACAAUGAGAUAUUCCAUCUGCAAAAAAACCCAGCCUGUAAAAGUCAGUUUCAGCUGAACUGAUCUCCAGCACAGUCAGAUACCAGCUGGUUUGUAUUCAAAACAUUUCCGAUUCACCUCUGACCAUUGAUGGUAAAGUAAAGCAAAUUUGACUUGUAGAUGGACAGUUUAGUUCAUGGUUAUUGAUGUCCAUGAAGGUGAAGACUAACGUUUUAAUGUGUUGCAGAAAAAUCAGCUGAAAUUAGUUAUAAAUCAAACUGCUAAAGAAUAGAAAAUGCAAUACGCAGCACAGAAAGGAUUUUAUAAGAACAAAUUUGUUUUAAUACAUUGUUUUCUAUAAUUAAAUCCCAGCUAACCUUUGAUUAAUUUAAAACUAGUAUUAGGAUUGUGGUGCCGUAAUUGAAAAGUAGUCAAUUUCUUCAACAUGUGGGAAUGCCUCAAUGUGUGCAAAUAUCUUCCUUUAUAUCCAGACAAAUCUACCCAUGUGUACAAUGGGCUGCUUUGUACAGUCAGAACAUGCUCUGUGGGGACUCCAAGCACUUUCCAUCUCGACCAUUAGGGGUCACUGUGACUCAAAAGGAAACAUUACAAGUAGAAUAGUGGGCUGCUUAAGAAAGGAAUGUAGGAUGAAUAGGGAAUACUCCAAACUGUGAUUUGCCAUGUAUAUUUAAGUAGGAUACAUUUUUAAUGUCAUUGAUUUUAAUGUUAUGCAUUGUAAACGCAGAGAAUUGCAUUAACUUUCUGGAUUGAUUUAAAAGUUGAUUUAAUUGUAAAAGGGAAUCCUUUCCAUUCUGCAUUCUGUUUCAACCUAAUGAAAAAGAAAUCUGAAAUAUAGCACACAUGUAUUUAGAAUGUUUGUUUUUUUUGCUCUGCUCCAAUAAAUAAUAUACAAAUA